AAACAAAAACAAAAGAAUCUGCUUGAUCAUCAUCAUUUGAACAACUUGAUAGAUUUGUUUUGUUUGUUUGUUUGUGUGUCUGGUUUGAUCUUUAAUUCUUCAGCUUUUUUUUUUUUUUUUUUUUAAGGAUAAUUUUUAAAGGAAUUAGCAAAACAAAAUAGAAAAAAAAACAAUGAAUACAGACCGUCCUAUUGGAUUUGCCAUCGAUGAUAUCGAUAGAUCACAACAUCAACAGGUGAAUAUUGAAAAUAUUCGUCUAACAUGGAUCGAUAGAAUAUGGCGUUUUUUCUAUUCCAAAGAAGAAUUUGAAGCCUAUCUUAUUGAGAAAGAGCUUAAAAAACAAAAGAAACGUGAACGGAAAUUGGCCAGAGAACAACAGGCACAAAUGCAAUCAUAAUAAUGGAUUAUCAUUUGAAUUUGUUUAUUUUGAUUGUUGGAUAUGACCGAAUUUCUUUCAUUUCGAUCUUUUCAAAUUUUAUCAAAUUUUUUUUUUUUUACAUAUUUUAAAUUUUUGAUCAUCAUUUACCACUUGUCAUACUUUACAUAGAUGUAAAUGGUGAUGAUGGUGUUCGGUGAUGGAUGCCAUUGAUUGAUUUUUUUAAAUUAACUUUAAAAUAAAAUUUUUUAAUC